AUGUUUCCUUCUUCUCGCCUGUGGAAACUGGGACGGUCAGCAGCCGUCUCUACCAGUCGACGACGCCUUGGUGGUGGACGUUCCUAUCAUGCGGCUGCCUUGGGCACUCUGAACCAUGCUACUACUAGCACUACAACUACUACAUCUCCACCCAUUAGAACCCAACGCCGCCAGUUACACUUGACUCCACGUGAAAAGGAUCAUUUGCUCCUCCAUCAAGCCGGUCGCGUGGCGCAAUACCGCUUGGCCCGUGGCGUUCGACUCAAUCAUCCCGAAGCCGUCGCACUUCUCACCAUGCAACUCAUGGAAUUCAUUCGCGAUGGGCAUCAUACCGUCGCCGAACUCAUGACAUUGGGACAACAAAUUUUGGGUCGUCGACAAGUAUUGCCGGGAGUUCCCAAAUUGGUCUCGAAUGUCCAACUGGAAGCGACGUUUCCCGAUGGUACCAAAUUGCUCACCAUUCAUUCGCCGAUUGCGAGUGUCGAUGGCAAUUUGGAAUUGGCAUUGCAAGGCAGUUUCUUGCCCGUGCCCUCACUGGAUGUCUUUGGUGAUGACUUGGAGGAGGAAAUGAUUCCAGGAGCUGUCAUGCCCGAUGAUUCGGGCAGUCCCAUUACUUUGAAUGAAGGCCGCGAUUUGGUCGAAUUGACCGUUACCAAUACCGGUGAUCGACCCAUUCAAGUCGGAUCUCAUUAUGCCUUUGUGGAAACCAACAAGGCCCUCUCGUUUGAUCGUCGGGCCGCCAUUGGACGACGUCUCAAUGUCCCCAGUGGUGCCAGUGUUCGCUUUGAACCGGGUGAAACCAAACCGGUUACUUUGGUCGAACUAGCCGGAAAUCAAAUCGUCAUCUCGGGCAAUCGCUUGACCAAUGGAAGUGCGGCACCCGACAAGCACGAUGAAAUUAUGCAACGCGUCCACGAGGGUGGAUUCUUGGAUGUACCUACUAGUGGUGCUGCAGUCAAGAGUGGAACUCCAUAUGUCAUGGAUCGUUCCAAUUAUGCCGAUCAAUACGGUCCUACGGUAGGCGAUCGAGUCGUUUUAGGAGAUACCUCCUUGAUGAUUCAAGUCGAAAAGGAUUUGACCACGUACGGUGAAGAAUGCAAAUUUGGUGGUGGCAAGACAUUGCGGGAAGGCAUGGGACAAGCGACAUCCGUGUCGUCUGCCGACGCUCUCGAUGUCGUCAUUACCAAUGCCCUCAUUGUCGAUGCUGUCGCGGGGAUUGUCAAGGCCGAUAUCGGCAUUAAAGGCAAUACCAUUGUCGGAAUUGGCAAGGCCGGCAAUCCCGAUAUCAUGGCCAAUGUCGACUCCAACAUGAUUGUGGGCAACACCACCGAAGUCAUUGCCGGAGAAAAACUCAUUUUGACCGCCGGUGGUAUUGAUACACACAUUCAUUGGAUUUGUCCACAACAAAUUGACGAUGCCAUUGCUUCGGGGAUCACCACCAUGUUUGGAGGAGGUACAGGACCGUCCGCGGGGACCAGUGCCACCACGUGUACUCCGGCACCUUCUCAGGUCGAAAUGAUGUUGCAAGCGACGGAUCAGUAUCCACUCAAUUUUGGUUUUUCCGGCAAGGGCAAUACCAGUAACUCCAGUGUCUUGACGGAUGUCUUGAAAGCCGGUGCGGCGGGUUUCAAGUUGCACGAAGAUUGGGGGACCACGCCGUCGGCCAUUGACGAAGCAUUGACGUUUGCCGAUCAACACGAUGUUGCCAUUACCAUUCAUACCGAUACGUUGAACGAAAGUGGCUUUGUCGAUGACUCGAUUGCCGCCAUGAAGGGACGUACCAUUCACACGUACCAUACCGAAGGGGCCGGAGGAGGACAUGCUCCCGAUAUCAUCAAGAUUGUCUCGCAGCAGCACGUCUUACCUAGUUCCACCAAUCCCACACGACCGUUCACAAUCAACACGAUGGAUGAACAUUUGGAUAUGCUCAUGGUGUGCCAUCACUUGGAUUCCUCCAUUCCCGAAGAUGUCGCCUUUGCCGAAUCUCGUAUUCGUCCGGAAACCAUUGCCGCCGAAGAUAUCCUACACGACCUGGGAGCCAUCUCCAUGGUCUCGUCCGAUUCCCAAGCCAUGGGACGUGUCGGAGAAGUCAUUUCCAGGACCUGGCAAACCGCCGAUAAGAUGAAGCUCCAACGAGGAGCGCUUCCAGAAGAUGACCCCAACAAUGACAAUUUCCGUAUCAAGCGAUACUUGGCCAAGUACACAAUCAAUCCUGCCGUGGCACAUGGUUUUGCUCAUUUGGUGGGAUCGGUGGAAGUUGGAAAGCUGGCCGAUUUGGUGCUUUGGAAGCCUGGUCUCUUUGGAGCCAAGCCUGAGAUGAUUGUCAAGGGCGGAACGAUCGCAUGGGCACAAAUGGGAGACCCCAACGCCAGCAUCCCAACCCCACAGCCCGUGCAAAUGAGACCAAUGUUUGGAGCCACAUCCAAUCCAGGAUCUCACAGUCUUGCCUUUGUGUCACAGGCAGCUGUCGAUGAGAACAUUGGAGACAAGUAUGGUUUGAGAAAGAAGGUCGCUGCUGUCAAAAACUGUCGCAAUGUAUCCAAGGCGGACAUGGUCCUCAACGACAGCACUCCGGACGUGCAAGUGGAUCCAGAAACUUUUGAAGUGGUGGCAGAUGGAGUGAAGCUCGAGUGUGACCCCGUUUCGGAAGUUCCGCUGGGACAGCGAUACUUCCUAUUUUAG